CUCACUACACAGUACGCACACUCUUCCUUUCUCUCUUUUUCUCAUUCUCUGGAUCCGAUUCAGGAAUAUUAUUAUUUUUAAUUUCCCCUGUUUGCAAAAAAUUAAGAAUUGUUUGCGUCGUCAGAUUUGAAAGUGCUUCAAUUGAAAUUUAUUUUCAUUUUUAUUUUAGUCUAUUUUAUUCCCAUUCGUUUCGUAAAGUCAACGCUGCCGGGAGAAGCGUGAAAAUAGGGUGUUGAUCCCAGUUCUCACGUUUAGUUGUGUAAAUGGAUCCGUUUCAGAAGAGAGGAAACAAACAAAAUUAGGUUCAAAACGUUGACAUUCUUCGUGUUGGGAAUUAGUGCCUUUGGUGGUCACCAUGUUCCUUCUUAGAAGGCAAACCCAGAAUCACCAUGAGAAUGAUUCCUCAUAUCAAGAUACAAAGGUGGCUGAACUCAAGACAGCUCUUGGGCCCCUCUCUGGUCGUCAAUUAAAGUAUUGCACAGAUGCAUGUCUAAGGAGAUAUUUAGAAGCAAGGAACUGGAAUGUUGAUAAAACCAAGAAAAUGCUGGAGGAAACACUUGAGUGGAGGGCAACUUAUAGGCCAGAGGAAAUCCGUUGGGCUGAAAUAGCACAUGAGGGUGAGACAGGCAAAGUCUCCAGAGCUAACUUUCAUGAUCGACAUGGGAGGGCUGUGCUUAUUAUGAGGCCAGGGAUGCAGAAUACAACAUCGGCUGAAGAUAAUAUCAGGCAUUUAGUCUAUCUGUUGGAAAAUGCUAUCCUGAAUCUUUCUGAAGGUCAAGAACAAAUGUCAUGGUUGAUAGACUUCACAGGAUUAUCACUUAGUACAAAUAUAUCUGUUAAAACAUCUCGUGAUAUUAUUCACAUUUUACAAAACCACUAUCCAGAAAGGCUUGCUAUCGCUUUUCUGUACAAUCCCCCAAGAAUAUUUCAGGCUUUCUGGAAGGCCAUCAGAUUCUUCCUGGAUCCCAACACAGUCCAGAAGGUGAAGUUUGUUUAUCCUAACAAUAAGGACAGUGUGGAGCUGAUGAAAUCACUCUUCGACAUGGAAAACCUUCCAAGUGAAUUUGGGGGGAAAACAAGUUUAAAGUAUGACCAUGAAGAGUUCUCGCGAUUGAUGACUGAGGAUGAUGUGAAAACUGCCAAGUUCUGGGGACUUGAUGAGGAGCCCUUCAACCCUCCUAAGAAGGGGCAUUCUGGAGCAGAGGUGGCACCAGAACCAGUGCCUGUUCAGGCAGUAGUUAGUUAGUUAGUUGAGCAAGUUUUCAUACUGUAGUCAUUUAUAAAUUGAAGUGACUACAUAACCGAAUCAUGAAGGAACAAACAAUGUAGUAGUGGCUAAUUUAAGGAGCCGAAUAAGUGGCAUUUGGUAUCUUUCAACUUUUAACCAUGUAGUCGAAGCAUCUUGAUUUAAUCGCUGCUACAGUCCUUUCCUUUUAGGUGAGCGGACUUUAAUUCUGAUUUGAUGUUCAGACUAUACAUGUUUGUCAAUUCCCCUAGACUGUGCAUAAUGAAGUUUCUUGUGUACAGAGGGAUCCCUCCACCUAUUUAAUAUAUAAUACAAAUUAUGUCAAA